AUGGGGGGUGCCGAGGGCACGAAGCUUGAUUUGGACUUCAUGGAAAUGGAGAGAAAAACGGACGUAACUUGCGAGCUGGUUGAAGAACUACAAAUAAAAACAAAAGAAUUUCUACAACCUAAUCCAACGGCUAGAGCUAAGAUGGCAGCCGUUAAAGGUAUCAGCAAACUUAGUGGACAGGCGAAGAGUAACACCUACCCACAACCAGAAGGAGUCCUAGGAGAUUGCAUGCUGCUCUAUGGAAAGAAACUUGGAGAAGAUUCCGUAUUCUCACAAUGCCUAAUAGAGAUGGGAGAGGCUUUGAAGCAAAUGGCUGAUGUAAAAUAUUCUCUGGACGAUAACAUCAAGCAGAGCUUCUUGGAGCCUCUGCAUCACUUGCAAACCAAGGACCUUAAAGAAGUCAUGCAUCACCGAAAGAAAUUACAGGGACGUAGAUUGGACUUCGACUGCAAGCGACGAAGACAAGCCAAAGUAAUUCUUAGAAGUCCAUACGCGAGUCCGAAUCAUAGUUCGUCCCCACGGCAGGGGUCUCAUAUUCCAGACGAUGAGAUCAGACAGGCUGAGGAGAAGUUCGCCGAGUCAUUGACCCUGGCGCAGAUUGGAAUGUUCAAUCUUCUUGAUAAUGAUAUUACUGAUGGCGUAGAGCAAGUGGCGCAGCUGUCUUUCUUCGCUGAGGGUCUUCUGGAAUAUCAUCAGCAAUGUACAGAGAUUCUCAAAGGACUGGUGUCUACGCUAAUGGAGAAGAAAGAGGAGGCAGUGAACCGUCCCAAAAUGGAGUUCGUGCCAAAGACGCUCGCCGACCUUCACAUCGAGGGCAUCCAUGACUUGAACCAUGGUAGGCGGUUCGGCUCCACUCCGAGCCUCUCCCGCGCCCAGCCCUGUAGAUCCAACUCCUUCGACCUGCUCCCUCCCACCAACGACCCCCUUAAAGCCUGGGAGAACCUGCCCCCUCCCUACCACAAUCACUUCAAACCGCACCCCGCACCAAGGAUAACUAAUGGACGGACAGAGGGCGGAUCCCGCGCGAGCUCCCCCGACCACAAGCCGCCGGCCAACCUCGAGCUGUUCCCCGCAGCUUCCCAGCGCUCGAACAACGCGUCUCCGCUGCCGUCGCCGGUGAAGUCUCCCGCGAGGACUCCGAUGGUUCAAGCCAAGGGCCCAUGCUGCACCGCGCUAUACGACUUCGACCCAGAAAACCAGGGCGAGCUCGGCUUCAAGGAGAAUGACGUCAUCACCCUCAUUUCUAAGGUCGACGAAAAUUGGUUCGAGGGUUCCGUGAACGGGAAGACCGGCUACUUUCCAAUCAGCUAUGUCCAAGUCAACGUCCCUCUCCCCAACAUGUAA